UCACUCACUCGUGGGUGAAUCGCUCAGUCCCACAAACAGAGAUUUCCAACCGAAGAUGAGGCUUUGUGAAACACAUGCACAAGCAGAUGUGGAAAAGUAACAGGCACAAGACAACCAUCACCGUCACAUAUCCAGAUUUUUUUUUCCGCCUUUCUUUUAUAGAACCGCCACAAGAAGGACCUCCUUAUCAUCGCCACGAGCAAUGGGAGUUCUAAGCUACAUUUCAGUGAACUCCGCAGCCACACCCAUCUCUCAGGACCCUCCAAACACACCUGUGCCUAACCCAAGACAGACCAAAGUCAUCCUGCCCAACAAGAAGCCCCUCAAAUGGUCCACUGGGAUGGCUCCGGGCGACUACGGUGGCCCACCGACCACGACGAAGCUUAGAAAGUACUGGGGUGGUGAAGAAGAGGACCCUCUGAGCUCUGAUGACUUUAUGUGGAACAAGGACUUCAUGGGUCGAUUUCAAAGAUUGGUUAAGAACAAUGAGUCUUCAAUUGAGGCCACUCCGAUUAAGGGAGAGCCAUCUGGGUUUCUAAGCUUAAAUAGAGUCAUGAGCCUUGACAGUUUGGAAGUUGAUUUUAGUAAAGAACUCACAAAUCCUUUAAAGCAUGGGUUAGAAGAGAAAGUUGAGGCUACAGUUCAGACUAGUGGCAGAAAGUCACCCAGAUGGAAAUUGGCACCAACACGGCGUGAGCAAGAGAAGUGGGAUAGAGCAAGCAAAGCUGCAACUGGAGGCAGUGAUGUGAUGUUUCGGGAAUUAAGGCGGCCUCGUGGAGACCCAGAAGUGUUGGCUGCUCAGUGGAGAGAGCAGUAUUUUAAGUUAAAGAAGAAGUUACAAAUUCUCACUCUGGGUAUAGGCAGUGUUGGCUUAGUCUCUUCUUAUGUUUCUUAUUCCCCUGAAAUUGCUGCUAGCUUUGGUGCUGGGUUUCUUGGUUCUUUGGUGUAUAUGCGUAUGCUAGGGACUAGUGUGGAUUCAAUGGCAGAUGGAGCAAAAGGGCUUGUCAAGGGAGCGGCUGCACAACCAAGGCUUUUGGUUCCUGUUGCGUUGGUCAUGAUCUAUAACCGGUGGAAUGGGAUCCUCGUUCCAGAAUAUGGAUAUAUGCACUUAGAAUUGAUACCGAUGUUGGUGGGGUUUUUCACUUACAAGAUUGCGACUUUUGUUCAAGCUAUAGAGGAGGCACUUACCGUGGUUGGGAAAGAGACCGAAGUUUGAGAUAGAUCCUCUUCAUACAUUGUUGAAAUUUUCCUUUUUUGCUUCUGAUAUGGCUACUAGAGAUAAUAACAUGCAAAUUGCAAUGUUGUUUACUGGGCUGCUUGGAAGAGAAGUUCAGUUAAAGAGAUGCCAAGAAUCAUCAAAACAGUUUACUCAUUGUUGCUGCUGCUUUUAAAAAGUUGUUCUGAAUAUAGCAGUAGUUUAUGCAAAAUUUUCUCCAUUGUACAAUUAAUUCUUGCAUGUGAUCAUGAUAGGAUUAUAUAAUAUGGCAUUCAGUAGAGACAGAAUUUGCUUCAAAAUCUUGGGUAUUCUUGAUGAGAUAUGGUAUUGUCACAUGGCAGACUUGGGAAAAGUUGUAAAUAUAGUUUUAUGUUUCUAAACCAAACCAAAAUAUCAUUUGGUUGGAUGCUUUUAAUGAAUACCAGUGUUGGAAAAGCAUAGUU